CGUUAUUCCCGCCGCCGCCACCGCCGCCGCCGCCACCGCCGCCGCCGCCGCCGCCGCCAUGUCGCCACUCGCUUGCUCGCUGCUCGCUCUCGCCGCGCUGCUCGCCGCCGCCGAUGGAGUGAUGCCACCUUUUUGUGGCCAUCUCUGGUUAGGCCGCAGAACAAUCGACAAAAUUGAGUUUGUGCUAACUGUUUCUGGUGGAGUCGUCAACAUUCCUGAUAAAUGCUCUUUACCAGGACGGAGACUAGUGGGGGAGGAUUUCACAGCUUGCAACGAGCCUAAUUACACGCCUACAAUAAGGCAAGCAUAUAAGCCCCCGAAUGAUAAGACACCGAACUUCGCAAUGGUUGACAUCGAAUGUCCUAGUAAUUUCACCGGAUGCAAUCAACUUGCCCUUAAAGUAGAGCAGUAUUGCGAAAUGGUCACUAGCCCUCAUUGAGUAUGAAUAAAUAUUAUAAUGUAUGAAA